UUCCCUCUUUCAUGAUCUGCAAAGUACAUCCAAAUUAAAACCCCUGUACUACGUUCUUCCCAAGACGAAGAAAGUCGGAUCCACCAACCCUCCCCAUCCCAAAGUCUCAUCUAUACCAAAUCACCUGCAUUUUCCACCAUUUCCAAGCUUCCAUCUUCUAUUUCUACAUUCUCCUCCCUUCAUAAUGAGCUCUCCGGCGGUUCCUGGAGGCGCUAGCUUCUUUAGUGGAUUCACGAGGCUAUGCAAGGGUCUGGCUGUGGUUCUUGUUGCCGGUCACAUUGUAGUUCAGAUUUUGCCUUCGGCUGUUUCCUAUCUCGCUCUUAUUCCUGCCAAGACAAUUCCUUUUGCAUGGAACCUCCUAACAGCUGGUUACAUUGAACAAUCAUUAUAUGGGUUGGUUGUUAGCACUUUAUGCGUCCUUGUUAUGGGAAAGCUGCUCGAACCUGUGUGGGGUUCUAAGGAGUUCUUGAAGUUCAUUUUCAUUGUCAACUUUCUUACUUCUGUGUGUGUUUUCAUUACAACUAUUGCCUUGUACUACAUAACAAGGCAGGAAAAUUACCUUUAUAUGCCCAUUUCUGGCUUCCAAGGGGUCCUGUCAGGUUUCUUGGUUGGAAUGAAGCAAAUUAUACCUGACCAAGAACUGUCCUUAUUGAGAAUAAAGACAAAGUGGCUUCCAUCUAUUGCACUCUUGCUAGCUACUGCUGUAAGCUUCUUUACGCCUGAUUCAACGACAUAUCUUCCAACCAUUAUAUUUGGCACAUACGUGAGCUGGAUUUAUCUGAGAUACCUGCAGAGGAAACCAGAAGCAAAAUUAAGGGGUGAUCCGAAUGAUGAUUUUGCAUUCUCUACUUUCUUUCCUGAUUAUUUCAGACCAGUUAUUGAUCCCAUUGCAUCAAUAUUCCAUCGGAUGCUUUGUGGAAGAUCUGAAACUUCUACUGAAGCACACGGUUAUACUCUGGGAGGUGCUCCAUUGCCUGGUUCAGACCCCAUUGAGGCAUCUAGAAGGAGAGAAAGGGGAGCUAGAGCGCUGGAAGAAAGAUUGGCAGCUGAGAGGUUGGCUGCUGCAAGGAGUGAUGAGGAGUCAAAAAAAGAUGCCGCAGAGAAUGUUUGAUAGCUUGGUCAUUAUGCUUAGGAACUCAAACAUAAAAGUUGUAUUUUGAUGACUGCUUACAGAAUUUGUGCAGUAUUAGGAGAUCAGUUUUUUUUUUUUCUGAUUUCUGGAUAACAUUUUUGUGAUGCAUAUUGCUGUGGAUUAUUGUUCAUAUAGUAAAUUUGUAGCUAUAAUCAGCAUAUUGUUUCAUGAUUCCUCAAAGCUCAAGAAAUAUAUAGCAGAAAUUAUAAGCAA